ACCUUAUCAGCACUGUGGUGCCCCCAAUGGUGGUGAUCAUCUCCGCUUCCUCGGCCGGUCCCCUGCAGAUCUUGUAUCGAUCUCGAACCCAGAAUUUUGGAUUUUGCAGUCCAUUAGCCAAUGACACCUCACAGCAGUGUUCUGUGCCUCGCACUACGGCUCGCUGUGCAGCCUGUCUCCCAAGUCCUGUGCUCCUGCGCUGUGAUCCCGCCUUGCUGCACGUUUCCGAGGCCAGCCGAGGUAGAUUUGGGCGAGAGAGAUUCAGACUGCGUUUAUCCUCUGCCCCUCAGAUUUACUCGCCUCCGUUCUGGGAUCCCUCUUGACUAUUUGGAGUUUGAAAGCACCUAGCCAGCUCGAGAAUGCGUCUCCUCUCGUGGACAGCCGCCUCCCUAGUGGGCUUGUGUCAUCUCGCCCAGCUCGCGGCCGCCUAUGUGCCGCCCCCGGACACGGUCGGGAAUGGUGGCAAGGUUGCGCCCAAAGUCUUGAUCAUCAGCAUGUUCACACCAGAGGCCGACGUCUGGUACCAGACGAUGCCGACCAGCGGGCUUGGUGACAUCCUAGCCAGGAACAUCUCAGUGCCCGGCCUCUCCAUGCUCUUCCCCCACGUGCACUGCCUUGCGAACUACAGCGUGUGCCAGGUCACAGUUGGCGAGGCAGAGAUCAACGCGGCCGUCACCGUCACCUCGGUCGUCCUCUCGGGCAAGUUCGACCUCACCAAGACGUACUUCCUGGUCGCCGGCAUCGCGGGCGUGAACCCCAAGUACGGCACGCUGGGCAGCGUGGCGCUCGCCAGGUACGCCGUGCAGGUGGCGCUGCAGUACGAGUUCGACGCCCGCGAGGUGCCCGCCAACUUCACGACCGGCUACCUGGCCUACGACACGGACCUCCCGGGCGAGUACCCCAAGGUCCUCUACGGCACCGAGGUCUUCGAGGUCAACGCGGCGCUGCGCGACGUCGCGUACAGCCUAGCCUCCCGGGCGACGCUGGCCGACUCGCCCGAGUCGGCCGAGUACCGCGCCAAGUACCUCGUCGACGAGCCGCUCCACCGGGCCGCGACGGAGCCGCCGUCGGUCAUCAAGUGUGACGCCUCAACCAGCGAUGUCUAUUUCUCAGGCGCGCUGCUGAGCGAGGCCUUUGAGAACACCACUACCGUCUGGACCAAUGGCUCCGGCAUCUACUGCAUGACCGCCCAGGAAGACAACGCCACGCUCGAGGUGCUUGUGCGGAUGGCUAUCGAGGGCCUCGUCGACUUUGCCCGGAUCAUAAUCAUGCGGACCGCCUCCGACUUCGACCGGCCACCACCGGACGUGACGCCAUUCGACCACCUCCGCAUCCUCAACCAGAACGGCUUCCACAUCGCCAUCGAAAACAUCUACAACGCCGGCAUCGAAAUCGUGCAGGGCAUCCUGGCGGACUGGGACUGCUCCUUCGCCGGGGGCAUCGCGCCGACCAACUACAUCGGCGACGUCUUCGGCAGCCUCGGCGGCGAACCCGACUUCGGGCCGGGGAGCCUGACGGGCGGCGCCGGCGUGCUUCCCGGCGGGGGGUCGGGGGAUCUUGCGAGGAGGUCGUCGUCGGGGGCGGAGAGGGCGACGCGGCGUCGGAGACGCGUUGCUGUUCCGCCGCAAGCCCGGGCUGGCCGGACGGGCCUGUAAGGCUCUAGAAUAUAUGAUAUUUUAGGGCAAUUUCGGGCUAUUUGAACUUUGUGUAUUUAAUUGAUUAACACUCUUUCGACCGCUGAGUAGGGGCGUCGUGAAGUGAAGAUUGAAUAGUGCAGCAUCAAUUUCUUAAGAGGAAUAACAUCAUAAACAUCGGCUGCGA